AACUCCGGCGAAUCAGCCACAGCAAGGACAGCAGUAUCGUCCGCAAACGUUGCCAUGGUAUUCUGACGACAACGAGGGAGAUCCGCAGUGAAUAAGACAUACAAUACGGGCCCCAGGACGCUACCCUGGGGGACCCCUGAGCGGAUUGGCAACGUCUGCGACUCCUCGAGCCCCUGUCUCACGAAGAACUGCCUAUCCGACAAGAAGGACUUGAUGAUGAGGUAGAAAUUGAAUGGAAGGAAUUUUUUGAUUUUGUAGUUAAGGCCAUCGUGCCAAACUCGAUCAAAAGCCUGACUAACAUCGAGGAAAGCGCCCGUGCAAUAUUGUCGGUCUUCAAAGGCCGUAUGUAUGACAUCCACUAAUCGAUGGACCUGCUCCACCGUACCAUGGCCUGGCCUGAACCCAAAUUGGUGAGCAGGAAUUAGGGCUUCCGCCGCAAGGAUGGGUCUCAAUCGAUGCAUCAGAAGCCUCUCAAAGACCUUUCCAAGGAUUGAUAAAAGGCUGAUUGGACGAUAUGAGCUCAGUUCAUCUGAUUUCUUUCCCGGCUUCAGAAUUACCUUCACCUGUGCAAUUUUCCACCGACUCGGGAAGUGACCGAUUGUUAGCAUGGCAUUGAAGAUCCUCUGGAUAAGUCUGACACACUUUGCAGUAAUUUCCUUCAACAUUCUUCCAGUAAUCUUGUCGUGCCCAGGAGCCUUGUGCGGUCGAAGAUCAUCAACGAGCACAUUUACAAUUUCGCCAACACGGAAUUUUUUAAUAGGUAAGGACAACUGUCCAGGAGCUUCCAGAAAUCGGUCCACCUCCUCGUCAUGAACAUCCAUGCCAGGCCAGACACGAAACACGCUCUCCAGGUGCUCAGCAAAAGCCUCGGCCUUACUUUCAUCAUCUCUUGCCCAACUUCCAUCCACCCUCCUCACGGGGGGAACCGCAGCCUGGGGCCUAGUGACUCUCUUGGUAGCCCUCCAAAGACUAUAAUCGGUGGCCUCAGUAGGUGAUAAACCCUCAAGAUACUCCGAGAUGGACUUCUCACAUAAAUCCCUCAUCAUCCUCUUCAAAGCUUUGGCAGAGCGGUUGAAAUUUUUCUUGUCAUCAGGGUGCCUGGUAGUUUGCCAAAUUUGUCGGAGUCUGCGUUUCUCCCGAAGCUUCUCCCGCACGCUAAUAGGAACGUGAUAAUGUUUGAACUUCCCUUCAUGCCCAGCCGAAGUUGACGAUCGAGCGGCCUCGCGUAAGGCCUCCGUGAGAGCACCCACAGACUCCUCAAGCCCAACCCUGUCAUCAAUAGCAUCGGGAACGACGAUGAGUUUGUCCAGGGCAUCUCUAAAAAGGUCCCAGUCAGUAGACCGAUUAGUAAGGUGGGCCUCUCUACGCAACUGAGCAACGUCGGCAAAAACCUCAAGAAUCACCGGGCUGUGGUCAGAGGAGAGAUCCAGAGAAGAACUCACUCUGCAUCGCGAUGCAUCCACGCCGCCAACAACGGCAAAAUCCAGCAGAUCAGGGAGCUUAUUGCGGUCUGCAGGCCAGUAAGUAGGCUCUCCAGUAGAUAAAAAUUUGUAGUUGUUGCUCAUGGCUGUCUCAUAGAGUUCCUUCCCCUUUGGGUUAACCAAUCGCGAACCCCAAAAAGGAUGUUUGGCAUUAAAGUCUCCAGCGGAGAUAAACCUGCUACCAAGAGUGCCAAAAUAUCUCUCAAACUGAUGUUUCUUCACUAAGUGUCUAGGUGGGCAGUAGACAGAUGAAAUUGUGAUCGGAGCGCCCGGGCAAAUGACCUCAACCGAAGUAGCCUGCAGAAAAUCCUCCCUGAAUUUUUCUCGAAUAUUGUGCUUGAUAUCUCUCCUGAUUAUUAUGGCCGUCCCUCCGUGCGCAGUACCGUCCGGAUGCUUGGUAUUGUAAAUUAUAUAAUUAGGGAUUUUGAUAAAACUUUUUGUUGUGAAGUGUGUUUCAGAUACCAUGAGAAUAUCCACGUCGUUUGCAUAAAGAUAAUUUUUCACUUCCAGGACAUGGUUACAAAGACCAUUGGCAUUCCACAUGACUAUUUUUAAGACUUUAAGAUUCAUUUUGAUCUCAUUUCGGCCACGAGGAUAGUUAAUAAAUUAAGUACUGUGGAUAUUUGUUGCGAAAGAUUUUUCAUCAUUGAAGUCAGCACAGAAAUGUCGUUAUUAUUUGAAGCAUUCGAAUCAUUGCCAGCCGGGUUGGACACACCUUGCCCCUCAGUAACACCAACGCCACCUGUGACAUCGGAAUAUGACAAUCCAUCGAUUCUGGUAGCAGUGUUUACAUUUGUGGAAGUUUGGCGAUGCAAUCUACGUUCUUGUGCAACUCUAUCCCUGAGAUCCGAUGUCCUCUGCCUCUUCAGCUGCAGUCGCGUGCCCACCCGCACACUUAACACACUGAGGAGCCCUAUGGCAAAAGGACUUUGUAUGGCCAUAUCUCUGGCACUUCGUACAUUGGACAACCUCCUUCGAUGGACGCGGAGGCUCCACCUGCACCACGUGACUCAACAGGCGCGUGAUUUGGUAAAUCUCCUUGUUGUUGUUUGCAGCAGUGACUUCAACAAAGAAGAGCGGCAGGGGGAGCUUUGUGCCCCUUUGCUUAACAUUGUGCACACGCACAACAUUGUGUCCUAG